AUGGGCAAUAAUAAAUUCCAUAUGAAUGCUAUUAUUACAGAUUUAUCAUUAUCAAAUGAUUAUUGUUUCGUUUAUGUUUUUACACAUGAAUUUGAUAAUGAUAAUAAACGAAGUGAUGAAAUUUUUAUACUUGCUAAGCGUAAAAAUUGUAAGAUUCAUUUUUUACUAUCGGAUCGUGGAAGUAACCUUCAGCAAAGAGCAACAAAAAUAAGAGCAAUUGAACAAAUGGCUUUUGAAACAUUAGGUAUGAAAGUAAAUAUUCCAAAUAAUAAUCUAUAUUCUAUUAUAAAACUCAUUACUUACACAUUAAAUACUCAUUCAAUACCAAUUUUACUUAUUAAUCCAGUUUCAUCAAAUUCGAAUUUGUUUAGUUUUCAUAUUGAUAGUUCAGUAGAAGCGAUUCAAUUUGUGAUCAAUAUUAAAUUGGAAUGUCAAUUUCUUACAAAGUUUGAUAUUAAAAAUUUAUUUAUUUCUCCUGAUCAGUCACAAAUGAAUUUUCUUUUUAAUUUUGAUGAUCAACAUGUAAAAAUUGGACAAUGGCAAUUUCAAGCAAAUUCAUCUUUAAUUAAAUCUUUUGAAAUAACAUUAAACACUUCAAUACAUUUCGAACAUUCAUUUAAUAUUUUAAAUACUAAUUUAAGUCAUCCUGGUCUAUAUCCAAUUGAUACAGAACCGAUCAAAGGAAGUCAAUUGUACAGUUUCAUUCGUAUUCUUAAGUACAUUUCUCAAGAAAUAAUCUUUUAUGAACUAGAAUUUAUUGAUGCAUCUAAUAAUCUUUUACAACAAUAUAAAUUAAUCAAACAAAAUAAAUUAAUUUACAUAAGUAAAAUUGUGAUUCCAUCAAUAGAUUUUUUUAUUAAAAUAAAAGGAAAAAAUAAUCGAAAUGAACUUAUUGAACGUUUAUAUUCUCAUAAAAUUAUACCUCGAACAUUAGAACUCAAUGUUAUUGUUGAUGGUAAAUCUUCGUCAUACAUACAAUCAGGACAAAAAGCCAAAGUAAAAUUUACUCUCAUUAAUCAUAACCCAAAUACUUUAACUGUUGAUGUUAAAAUUACACAAACACUACCAAUUUUUGAUAUUAUAUUAAACAAAAAUAAAUUUAUAUUGAAUUCAAAUGAAAUACAAACAAAUUGUUUUGAAUUGAAAGCUUCAAAUAAGUUAACAUUGAUUGAUUCAUCCAUCAGAUAUAUCAAUUGUUGUUAA